AUGCGUGUCCCACCCCUUCUCCACCCCCUAACCCUCCUCGUUUCCCUCUCCCUCACCAUCGCCUUCCCCACCCACCUCAUCCACCGCCAAGACUGCACUGGCCUCACCAACACCACCAACUGCGCCGGCGACGCCCUGCGCGUAGUCAUCGUAACAUACCCUUCCACCACGCCCGCAAGCGCACACACACUGUUGCAGGAAGUAGUGGCUGCCAGCGGCGGCACGUUACGGUAUGAGUAUGAUGACCCGGAGAUACUUUACGGGUUCUCAGCCGCUGUGCCGGAAAAGGUGCUGCAGUUGUUUAUGGCGUAUGGGAAGGGGUUUGGGAUGGGGGUGGUGGAUGUAGUGUGUGAUUUGAGAAGCUGUUUGGAGUACCCCUAG